AUGAGCGGCGAAGAUCGAGGUUCCGCCUACCGGUACGCCGGCGGCCGACCCUCGGCACAUCCAUCGGAUCCCUACGCCCGCUACGAGACGGGAAUCAAGAGCUCGGUCCCUGCUCGUCCAUACGAGGCUGCCUACCCGAACGAAGCAUACGAUCAUCGCAUGCCUGAACGUGUUCAUCCCGCCUAUGCCACGGGGCCCUCUUACGGCGCACCUGCUGCGCCUCUACCACCACCGGACUACCGUCGUGCACCUCAGCCUGCAUACCGAUACGAAGACGAGUAUGAGCAUCGUCGACCGCCCGCUGCGCAAGCACCUGUCGAAUAUGCCCCAGAAUACCGCCAUCAGCCUGUGCACAGGGACGCCUAUAGAGAGUUGGAUGACCGCGCUGCCUAUGAGGAGGCCAGGUCCGCGCAAUACGCAUCCCAAUCGCGCCAAGCAUAUCAGGACUCUCACCGCCCCGCGCCUCACCACGAUCUCGACAGCCGCCGUCCUGCACCUGUCGCAGCAUACGACCGAUACGGUGCCCGAAUGGAGCACCGGCCCAUGCCAGACGCCCGUCACGUUCAGGAGCCAGUCUACAGACGUGACGAGUACGAGCAGUACUCUCGUGAGAUCCAGCCCUCGUACCGUCGAGGCGCUCCAAGGUCUCCGGCACUGUCGCCUCAACCGGUCGUAAAUGCAUACGAGCGCAGGGGAGACCAUCCCGCACGCGACUAUCAGAGCGGACCCACCAGGUAUGCGGAGCCAAUGCACGAGCCCGAGAGCCCACCGAGACCUUCUAUGUCGAUCUUCAACAUGCUCAACGAUAGGACCGCCAACGGCGGCGCGAUUUCAGUUCAUUCCAGCCCAGCCAAGUCUGUCGCGACCGCAGAGCACGAGAGGCAUUCUUCGGCAGCAGGAGGAACAAGUCACGCUUCUCCUCGCGCCGCAUUCGACUCCGCCAGAAAGCAAGCUUACAAUGCCGCACGCGCCGGUCAAGUCGGUGCACGCAGCCGCGAGGACCCAGCUCGGAGGAUCGAUUUCUCGCCGGAUGCUGAUGAGGAAGAAGCGCGCCUGCUCUCGCAGCGCAGGAUCGACGCAGGUCAUCACAAGCCCCACGAGGGCACUACUGAAAGCAACAAUCACACUGCCGCUCCUGCGUCAUCGAUUCGUGUCAAGCGCGAGGAGAUUGCAUCCGCUCCACUGCACAUGGCUGCGUCUGCAUCGGCGUCGAAGGGCGACUUCACGGACGACGUUGAACAGGCCCAGGCGCAAGCGGCGGGUGUUGCAGGUCAGGACGAUCCAGCUGCCCGCAACGGCAAGGUAGACCUCGGCUCCUCCACAGCCAAACCAGCUCCCGCCAAGACGCAGCUCAAACUCCGCAACAAUCCGCUGCCAGCAUCCAAGAGCAACGCCAGCUUCGUCGCGCCUCCUCCGCCGGCAAAGAAGAAUCGCGAUCCGGAUGGCUGGGAGAGUGAUCUCUCCAACGAGGAAAACCGCCCGGUAUGGCAGACGGAGCUGGACGACUACAUGUUCGACAUGAGCGAGCGUCAGCGCCUCAUCGAGGACGCCUUUGCUGCCACGCUGCAUGAGAAGCACGUCGAGGUUGAACGACGUCUCGCACUUGCCUAUGAGGGCCGUCACUUUGCUGUGAUCCGACAGGUUCGCCUUCGAGAGCAGCAGGAAGCCUCGCAGAGAGACAUGGAGCGUCGACAAGACCACGUUCGUCUGCAGCGUGAUCACGAGAUCGAUCUCGAGCUGCUCGGCACGCUGAGCGACGACGAAGACGACGACAGUGACGACGUUGCGCUAGCGGACAUGGCUGCCCGUGCCAACGGCUCCAAGUCCAUCAUCAAGCUCAAGCGCAGCAAGGGCAGGUUUGGAGACCCUCGCAGCAAGAAGCGCCGUCUCGAUGGGGCUGCUUCUUCGCCCGCACCAGGCUCAGAGAUGGACGAAUUUGGCGGACACUUUGACGGCGACGACUCCGCAUUCGCAUCUCGUCAAGCUUCACCGACGCCAGACGACGCCAGCUUCGCUCUCGACUUGGACGCUGCUGGCAAAGUGCCCAUCGAUGCUCGCCGUGCUCAGCAGCUCGAGGAUGCCCAUCGACGCAUCUGGACCACCAUUGCCAAGCGCGACGUGCCCAAGGUGUACCGCACUGUGCUUCAGAGCGCUUCCAGCAAGACCAUGUACUGGCGCAGGCUCUCCAGCGUCGUUCAACGAGAGGCCAAGCGAGGUGCCGCGCGAAACAACAAGACCGUCAAAGACGUCCAGCUGCGCGCGCGCAAGGUGAUGCGCGAAGUGCUCGUCUUCUGGAAGAGGAACGAGAAGGAAGAGCGCGAGCUGCGCAAGAAGGCGGAGAGGGAGGCCCUCGAGAAGGCCAAGAAGGAGGAGGAGAUGCGCGAGGCCAAGCGCCAGGCACGCAAGCUCAAUUUCCUCAUCUCGCAGACCGAGCUCUACAGUCAUUUCAUCGGCAGCAAGCUCAAGACGGCCGAAGCCGAAGAGUCCGAAGAGACAGCUGGCAGCAGCAAGAUCAUCGAUCCCAACGCACAGCCGUCCGACGCCACGGUUCCUCCCAUCAACCCACACAGCGAGGUCGCCGAUGCCGAAGCCCGGCUUGCCGAACUCGACGACAUCGAUUUUGACGACGAAGACGAGAGCAACCUUCGUGCCCACGCCGCUCGCAACGCGCAGGAGGCGGUGCGACUCGCCAAAGAGAAGGCACAAGCUUUCGACGUCGCUGCUGCCGAGGAGCGCAAGCGCAACGAAGCUGCUGCGCGAAUGCGCGACGGUCUGGACGCAGGUCCGGGCAAGCAGAUCGAAGAGAAGGAUCUGGGCAAGGCGUUCGACUCGGAUGACAUGAACUUCAACAAUCCGACUUCGAUGGGUCAGACGGAUGUCAAGCAGCCCAAGAUGCUCACCUGCCAGCUCAAAGAGUACCAGCUCAAAGGUCUCAACUGGCUCGCCAACCUGUACGAGCAAGGCAUCAACGGUAUCCUCGCCGACGAAAUGGGUCUCGGCAAGACGGUGCAGUCCAUCUCGCUCAUGGCCUACCUGGCUGAAGUACACGACAUCUGGGGUCCCUUCCUCGUCAUUGCGCCUGCUUCGACGCUGCACAACUGGCAGCAAGAGAUCAGCAAGUUUGUGCCCACGCUCAAGGCGCUUCCGUACUGGGGCAACGUCAAGGAUCGUGCCGUACUGCGAAAGUUCUGGAACCGCAAGCAGAUCUCGUACAACCGCGAUGCGCCCUUCCACGUCCUCGUCACCAGCUAUCAGCUCGUCGUGUCGGACGAAAAGUACUUCCAGCGCGUCAAGUGGCAGUACAUGAUUCUCGACGAGGCUCAGGCCAUCAAGUCGUCGAGCAGUAUCCGCUGGAAGACGCUCUUGGGCUUCAACUGCCGGAACCGCCUGCUUCUGACCGGUACGCCCGUGCAAAACUCGAUGCAGGAGCUGUGGGCGCUGCUCCACUUUAUCAUGCCUUCGCUUUUCGAUUCGCACGACGAGUUCAGCGAAUGGUUCUCCAAGGACAUCGAGAGUGCCACCGAGCAGAAAGGAACGCUCAACGAGCACCAGCUCCGACGCCUCCACAUGAUUCUCAAGCCGUUCAUGCUUCGCCGCAUCAAGAAGAACGUGCAGAACGAGCUGGGCGACAAGAUUGAGAUUGACGUCUUCUGCGAUCUCAGUGCUCGCCAAAAGAUGCUGUACCGCGGUCUUCGCGCCAACAUCUCGGUCGCCGAGCUCAUGGACAGGGCGACGUCGAACGACGAAGCUGGUCUCAAGAGUCUCAUGAACCUCGUCAUGCAAUUCCGCAAGGUCUGUAAUCACCCGGAACUGUUCGAGCGAGCCGAUGUCCGAGCGCCGUUCGCUCUGGCCGACUUUGCUCGAUCGGGCUCACUGGCGCGCGAGGGCGACUUCCUCAACCUCCCCGACUCGACCACAUCGCUUAUUGAGUUGCAGGUGCCCAAGCUGCUGGUGAGAGAGGGCGGCAUCUUUGACAUUCCCGGUCACGGCAGCCGCAAAGGAUUCGACACGGGCUACCUGCAGCACUUGUUCAACAUCUGGCGCGCGCCUCACAUCCACGAAUCGCUGCAGCACAAGCAGUCGCCCUUCGCGUCCUUGCCCUUGAUCGGCGUCACCGCGUCGGAUGCCGAGAAGACUUUCCACAGCACGGGCAUCAAGCGCAUCCUGGCGGCUGCGGCUGAAGAGCGUCGCUGGCGCUCGAUCGAGAACUUUGCCAGCGAUGACAGUUUCGCUGCCGCGUCGAUCCGUCCUAUCGCCAAGAUGCUUCGACCGACACCCAGCACUUCGGGACGUGCACCUUCGCUUCUGAUGCCGUUGGAGGAAGUGGCAGCCGACUACCGCCGCCACUCGUACCUGGCCAAGGACUCAGCGAGGGCAGUCGUCGCACCCGCCGUCGCGCCUCCUAUCAAGCUGUACAGCAACGACGGGCCCUUCAUGCAAGCACAGGAACGCUUCACUCGUGACCCGCAGAUCUCGGCGACCCUCUUCGGUCUUUCGCCGGAAGGUCGCGAAUCGGUCCAGCGCGUCGAAGAGAUGCAGCGCGAGUUGCCAGACGUGCCGCCACAGGGUGUCGUGCGCGAGUCGUCGAUCGAUCAACUGCCGUACAACGGCAUGCAGGUGCCGCAGAUGAACAAGCUCAUUGUCGAUUCGAGCAAGAUGGCCAAGCUAGACUCGCUGCUGAGGCAGCUCAAGGCGGAGGGACAUCGUGUUCUGAUCUACUUCCAGAUGACGAGGAUGAUCGAUCUGAUGGAGGAAUACUUGAUCUACCGACAGUACAAGUACCUGCGCCUGGACGGUGCGUCCAAGAUUUCGGAUCGACGAGACAUGGUGACCGACUGGCAGACCAAGCCGGAGCUGUUCAUCUUCUUGCUCUCCACGAGGGCGGGUGGUCUGGGUAUCAACCUGACGGCCGCCGACACGGUCAUCUUCUACGACCACGAUUGGAACCCUUCGAACGACUCGCAGGCCAUGGACCGAGCGCAUCGUCUAGGUCAGACCAAGCAGGUGACGGUCUAUCGACUGAUCACCAAGGGCACGAUCGACGAGCGCAUUGUGCGACUUGCGCGAAACAAGAAGGAGGUGCAAGACAUUGUGGUGGGCACCAAGGCGUACAGCGAGACAGGCAUGGCCAAGCCGCAAGAGAUUGUCUCGCUGCUGCUGGACGACGACGAGCUAGCCGAGUCGAUGCUGCGAAAGAAGCAGGCCGAGGAGGCUCAGACGGCUCAGGACAAAGCGGAUCUGGCUCGCGCUUCGCACGCCAAGCGUCGACUGAACAAGGAUCGUGCUGCGGCUGCUGCGCAAUCGCCAGCCCCCGCAGGAUCGGCUUGGGCGUUGGAGGACGACGAGGACGACUUUUUCGGCGCGCGUCCGCCCAGCAAGGGCGAUACCGACACGGCAGAAACGACGCCGCAGCCUCAGGCCAAGAGACGCAGCGGCCCGUCGAAACGUGCCCGGGUCAGCGAGGCAGCUUCGGACCGAUUCACGCCGCUCGACUUGGACGGCGAUGCGUCGAUGGGAGGUGUGGAGGCUUCCCCCUCGCCAUCGAAAGCAGGAGGGUCCAAGAGGAAGUCCAAGAGUCACCGCAAGAAGACGGUCGACGAGCUUGCCGGUGUGGAUUUCAACUGA